AUGGACGCCGAGGGGCAGCCGCCGACACAGCCAACGCAGGCGACGCAAACCGUCCUCGACCCGCGCCGCAUCGGCAAGCAGAACUCGGGCUUCUCCGACGAUGACGUCUCGGACAUCAUCUGCGUGCUGUACCCGCACUCGCAGGCGGCGCGCCUCGAGGUCCAGCAGCUGGCCGCCAGCGGGUCGCCGUACAUCAUCGGCAAGGACGAGGCCGACGGCGUCGAGCUCGACUACGACGCCGAGGACGACGCCAGCCGCUUCGAGGAGAUGCCCCCGGACCUCGGCAGCUACGCCCUCAUCCUGCGCCUGUCGAGCCAAGUCAAGAACCCCGCCGCCGGCUUUCAGUUUGGCCGCAACAGCGCCCGCUGCGACGUCGUCUUCGUCAACGAUCCCCUGCGCAGGGUCAGCAACAUCCACUUCCGCAUCUACAUCAACGAGUACGGCACCGUCAUGAUCGAGGACCACUCCACCAACGGCACCACCGUCGACAACAACCUCCUCAUGUCCCGCCCCCGCGACCCGGCCGUCGCCAAGGACCCGGACAGGAAGACCAAGUGGACGCUGAGCUCGGGGUCCACCGUCGGCAUCUACCUGCAGGACAUGAGGAGCCUCUCCUUCCGGGUCCGCAUCCCGCGCCGCGAGAACGAGUUCGACCUGGCGUACCAGCGCCGCGUGGACGCCUACUUUGCCCGCCAAGCCGUGCGAGGGCCGGUUGAGACCAUCACCACGGGACCUGGCGGCCAUGUCGACUUGUUCCGGACGGCUGCACAGAAUGCACAAACGGCCCAAAACGCACAGGCUGCUGCGCUCCGACCCCCCGACCGCCAGCCUCCGGAGCAGCGGUCUCCUUCGAAGCGCAAGGAGGCCCGGAUUCCGCAACGACAGUGGACUGGAUCUGGCAAGUACAACAAGAUUGGCAUGAUUGGAAAGGGGGCCUUUGCUGUCGUCUACAAGGUCACGUCCAAGUACAACGGCGUGCCGUAUGCUGCCAAGGAGCUCGAGAAGCGCCGCUUCAUCAAGAACGGCGUGCUGGACCAAAAGGUGGAAAAUGAGAUGAAGAUUAUGCAAAGAGUGGAUCAUCCCAACAUUGUGCGAUACAUUGAAAACUUUGACUGGGACGAUCGACUGCUCAUCAUCAUCAUGGAAUAUGUGCCGGGGGGCGAUCUCGGAAAGCACAUUGCAGACGAUAUGCCCUUUUCCGAGUCGGACUCGAGGGAAAUGGCCAAGCAGCUGCUGAGCGCACUGGGCUAUCUGCAUGCGAACAACAUCACCCAUAGAGACGUCAAGCCAGACAAUAUACUGAUCAAUUCGCUCCAGCCGCUGGACGUCAAACUCACUGACUUUGGGCUUUCCAAGAUGGUAGACACCGAGCAGACGUUCCUCCGCACAUUCUGCGGCACCCUCCUUUACUGUGCUCCCGAGGUGUACACUGAGUAUGCAGAGUACGACGAGAAUGGCGUCAGGAGCAGGGGCAAAAAGGCUCGCCGCGUGCCGGGCCAAAGAUACAACCACGCCGUAGACAUCUGGUCUCUGGGCGGCGUCCUCUUCUACUCCAUGACGGGCCAGCCUCCGUAUCCGGUCAAGAGCGGCAUCAGUUACUCUGAGCUGCUGCAUAAGAUCAUGACAACGCUGCUGGACAUUCGACCGCUGGAGAAGGCUUCCAUUUCCGACGAUGGCAUCGACUUCAUAUGCAGCAUGCUCCAGAGGAAGCCAGAGAAUCGUGGGACAAUAGAGGAGCUGUUUCGCCACUCAUGGCUGACCCCGUUAUACAUUCAGGCCUCACCUGGGUCGUUUGACGUAGUCAGCGAUGACGAAGGCGUCCUUUCAGACCCGCCGCCUGAAUAUCGUGAACACGAGUACGAGGAGCCGUUUGAGUUUGACAGAGUGAGCGACUCCAAUGGAGAAGAAGAGGAGGAAGACGAGGCAGAAGGAGACGCAGGGAAGGGCAGGGAUAAGGGAAAGGAACCGGAGGAUGACGACGCGGCAUAUGAGUUCCCCGUGACAACCAGGCUCGAGUAUCCCAUCGAACAAGUCCUGCAGAUGGGGACGCAGCCUCCCCGUCUCUUUGGCGAAAUUGGGGCUUCCGCCGUCGGCAGCUCUGGAGUCGUACCCGAGGACCAUCUCAACCUGCCAGUCACGAACGGGGGGGCCGGCUCAAGUAGCAGUGGUGAUGGUGAUGGUGAUGGUGCCGAGGGCGAUGUGGACGAGGCUUACGAUUCCGGGGACUCCGGCGCAACUCUCGUCAAGCGAAACAGUCGCCGCUUUCUUCGGCAUGGAACAAGCAUGUCCAUGGGCCGCCGUCAGUCGACCGAUCAGCUGCAGAGCCUCGUGGAAGACGUCGCUUCUCAAAAGCUCAACGGCAAUGAAUCGGCUGUCAAAUUCGCUGAUCCGUCGACCCCCACGACUCCAUCAAUGGAUUUCAACACUAGCAAGCGCAAAACGUCCUCGUCACUCGAGGCCAGUGACGAAAUUGACCUCGAAAGGACGCCCACCGGGAAGCCAAUCAUCAAACGGCUCAAGUCGGAGAGCUUCAGCGAGGAUGUCAGCGCCGAGGCGCUCGAAGAGUACAGGCUGCUGGCCAGCAUGCCACCGAUCAAGAAGUCCGACUCUGGCCGUCAGAUCGACAGCCAGGUGACCAAGGGGCUCUUUUGGCAGCGGGAUUGCAGCACGUGGCAUCUCAACUACCCCGAGAUGACGCAGCUCCAGUACGACGUGUUUGUCCAGGCUGCGCGCAACAGAAAGGAGAAGUUUGGCCCACACAACAAACCGUUGUGGGACCUGGCCAUGCGGUACUUCCCUCCCACUCUUCCGGCGGCGGACAGCCAGAAUUCGCGGGCCCAGGACGAGGACGUCUCCAUGGAAUUUCCCUCCACCGGUGAGGAAACCGGCUACGGGGACCUGGACACUGACCGUCUGGAUACCCAGAGGGUAGUUCCCGUGCAGACGGACAGUGGGAGCAAAGUCGUCGGCAUGAUCACCUCGCACAAGAAGUCCUGCGUUCAGAAGAUUGAGAUAACCAUCACCGACUCGCUGAUAUCCUUUGGUCGUGGGCUGGCAAACACCGUCGUGUUCGAGCCAAAGACCAAUACAAGAGUGCCCAAAAAUGCCUUCAAAAUCUUGCUAUGGAAGGACGGCUACGACCCGGCCAAGGACACUCACCCAUGGAAGGAUGACGCUGCAGACGAAGACUCGUACUUCUUCUGGAUCUCGUCCAAGGCCACCAUCGGCAUCUCCAUCAACGGGCAGCGCAUCCCCUCGAGCAAUCCGGAGACCCCCUCGGCGCCCUCGGUCCACUGGACCAAGAUCUACACCGGAGACGUCCUGGACCUGUGGAACUCGCAGGACGGCAAGGAGCAGACAAAGGUCAUCUUCCAGUGCCUAUGGGGCGGCUCGCGCUUGCGGCGCGAGGAUCCGCAGAGGCGCCUCGAGCUGGCAAGCGUCGCCGUGGCCAAGGCGCUCGACGUCGCGUGCCAGCGCGCCGAGCGGCGCAUCCGCGAGGCUUCCCUCAAGCGGGCCGAGGAACGCAGCCGCGAGACGGCCGACAGGCAGGCCGAGAAGCAGCGGAUGAAGCUCGCCCUCGAGGCCGACAACGCCGAGCGCCUGCGGCGCAUCGACCUGGAGCGCAACAGGAGCCACGUCUUUGAGCAGAGCAGGCUGGCCGCCAUUGAGAAGGGGUCGUACGCCGGCUAUUCCAUCAGAUGA